GACGGCUUCUUUGCCUUGACGGUGGUGACCCUCAACAACUUCAGUAUACAGCUGAACACUCAGGGGAAAGAGACCUUGUGAUUUUAUAAGAUCCGUUAAAUUAGGACCAUAAAAUCCUAUCAUUUCUCUAGAAAACAUGAAGCCAAAAAUAUCGAAACCACAACACCUAUUCGAAAUAUUAACUAAACAUCAAACAUUGUGACGCACAAGUAAUUCGAGAAUUCCAAUUAUUUAUUAAUAACUAAAAUUGUAACAAUAUUCAUUUGGGAAUUCGAAUUAUUUAAGUUUAGAUACAUACUAUUUACUCGUCCUUCAACUUUAUUGUUACUUAUUUUUAUAUGGUGCGGAAAGUACCGUGUAUUCUACAGAUGAAAAUAAGUUGUUGAUACCAAGUGUUGAGAAUAAGCGAAGCUUAACUAGAUAAAUUAGUGUAGGUAAUUUUGCAAAAACAAGAGAAUCUUGGAUAGGUGCUAUAUAACUAAUUUUGAAAUUUUAAUUAUUGGUACUAUUACAAAAAUGGGUGUGUAAAAUAAUUUGAAAUGGAACCAUACCCUGACGACUUGUUCUGGCUGGUGGUGUGUGGGUUUGUGGUGGCUUUCAUCUUGGCGUUUGGCAUCGGAGCGAAUGAUGUCGCCAACUCUUUUGGAACCAGCGUGGGAUCUAAAGUAUUGACGCUGACUCAAGCGUGCAUCCUCGCCACGAUAUUUGAGAUAGCUGGAGCUGUUUUAAUUGGCUACAAGGUGUCGGACACAAUGCGCAAGGGUAUCUUAGACGUGUCUCUAUAUGAGAACGAAGAGCGUUUGCUAGCCGCCGGUUGCCUGGCAGCACUGAUUGCAGGGGCAGCCUGGCUACUGGUCGCGACCGCGCUGCGGCUCCCGGUCUCCGGGACACACUCCGUGGUGGGCGCCACAGUAGGAUUCACCUUGGCUGCUAAAGGUGUCCAAGGAGUACGCUGGUCAACGCUCGGUGCUAUUGUGAUCUCGUGGUUCUUGUCGCCGGUAAUGAGUGGGGCGACAUCGGCAGGUAUAUAUUGGUACGUGCACAAGUUCGUACUCCAAGUGAAGGAGCCGCUGGCGAAAGGACUCAAGAUGCUGCCGUAUUUCUAUGCCAGCACCGUCACGGUCAAUGUCUUGAGUGUCCUUCUCGAUGGUCCCAAGUUGUUAUCAAUGGACAGUAUCCCGCCAUGGCUAGUGUUCUUGGUGUCUUGGAUCAUUGGCACACUAGUGGCAGUGGCAGUCAAAGUCUUUCUCGUCCCUUACUACAGUCGCAGGGUCAUAGCGCCUCCGGUCAAUUUCACUUUAGGUGUAUCUAACGAAACAACGCCAGCUCAUACACCAACACAUUCACAUAAGCAGCAACGGCCUACCUCACUGUUGUCCGAGGAUGGGAAGGUUCUAGAAGCGAUAGCAGAAACAGCAGAAAUGGUCACCCUGAGCGAAGCCGACAAGAUAUCUGUUGGCGUCAGGGAGAUGAACGCCAGGAACCGAGCACUCCUCGCUACCAUGGAUGACUGCAGUAUUCUCUCACGCAGCCUCAGUCCACCAAACAAAUCUAGAUUGCAACUGAUAGACGCUGAUCCUCAGAUAAACACCCUUAAAUAUAUCGAUGAAACGUGGAGCUGUAAUAAAAGUUUAGACUCAGCACACAUGGCUGGUAUGGGGGAAAGCUACGAUUCUAGAAAUGGGUUCUUGGGUGACUCUUGUGAUACGAUCGCGCGCAUGGAGUUUGAUAAGUUGGCAGCGACGAGAAUUUUAACAACUACUGUGGAUUUCGACAGUCCUCCUUCUAGGCUGGAUAAGGCACCAGAGAGCAGUGCGUGGAACAUAGAGCUGGACGGCCCGAGUCGGCUGCCCGCCAUCACACCGAACUCGAGCGCGGCGCCGCUGCUGCGGACGGCAAGUCCGCCGCCCCCCGCACCCUCCGAGCCCCCCACAGACACCCUGCGCCUCUUCUCCUUCCUACAAGUAAUAACUGCCGCCUUUGGCGCCUUCGCACACGGAGGUAACGACGUCAGUAACGCCAUAGGCCCUCUGGUGGCGUUGUGGCUGCUGUACUCCGAGGGGGAAGCGCACGCUAAAGCUGAAACUCCACUGGCCAUCCUGGUGUUCGGCGGAGUGGGCAUCGCGCUAGGCCUGUGGUUGUGGGGGCGCCGCGUCAUCCGCACCGUGGGGGAAGACCUUACCAGCAUCACACCCGACACAGGGUUCACAAUAGAGAUAGGGUCAGCAUUGACAGUUCUGGUGGCCAGCAAGGCGGGGCUGCCGGUGUCCACCACGCACUGCAAGGUGGGCUCCGUGGUCUGCGUCGGCUACUUCUCUAAGAAGCCCGUCGAUUGGAGCCUCUUCAGGAACAUAAUCUUCGCGUGGGUUGUGACGGUGCCGGCCGUGGCGGGCAUCGCGGCGCUCUCGAUGAUAGCACUGGAAGCUUUUGUUGUUUAAUGAAUAUUUCUUUGUAUACAUAUACUUACUUAUAUGUUACGAACUUAUAUAUAUGUAUAUAUGUUACCGUUAGAAUGCAUAAUACGUUAAUGUGCACAUUAACUAUGAAAUCUGCAGAUAAGUACUCUGAUACGAUUUGUUAGUGUAAGCGUGAAGUGUAAAAAUUUGAAAUGAAAAAAUUUGAAAUGCUCUUAUAAAGUUUGCACAGUAACCAGAUGUACCAUUCAAAUCGUUAAAUUAGAGGAGACAGUGAGCGAAAUACUUUUGUUUCGCUCACCCGCUCCUCCCGCGCUAACAGCUUACGUACCUACCCAGUUACGUACCUAUAGUGAGCUGUUCACGCGUAAAAUGGUUCAUCAUGUGUAAAUUUAUAUCUAAUUACCCGUCUUAAAAUUUUUAUUAAAUAUUUAAUUUUUUACAACUAAUUCAAAUUAUUUUAUUCCAACAAGAACCUGUUUUAUGGAAUUUACCGUAUGCAUGGUCGUUAGUCUCCAGAUUACCUAGGAAGUCUGCAGAUUAUCUAGUUAAUGUAGGAACUCAAUUAUUUUUUCCACUUUAACUGACUCACAGAUAAUCUGCAGAAUACCUCAUUAAUCUGGACUCUGAUUACGCAAAUCAACGGUAACAUAUAGGUAUAUACAUCUCCAUGCCCAUAAACAGAUGAGUUUGUAGGUAUUUAUGGGCUUACAAGAAAAUCCAUGCAGAUUAAGUAAAAGCCUAGCUAUAGAUGCCUAGAGGUAUAAGCUUGUUCAUAUUUUUUUCCCUGCUUAAAAAUCCAACAAACGGAUUCACUAUCCUUUGGUUUACAAAUGAAAUACCUACCUAACCUAUCUUAUUUGUGGACAACUUCUUUAUUACCUACAUUAAAUACAUAGGGUCCAUGCAUAGGUAAUACUGUUUGUAAUAUUUACCUAUAUAGAUUUUAGGAAAUACGAGGGUACACUCUCUUCGACCCUCUACUCAGUUUCCAACUCGAUGUAACAUGGAAUAGUUGUAGUUUGAGAACUUUUAAAAUUAAAUACACUCAUUUGUGUGUAUUGUGUGUAUUUUUUACGAAAUAUUCCAUAAGUCGGCUAUACACUAUACCCGACCCGAACUCAGACAGAUGAUGCGAUCAUGAACAUUGCCGUUGAUCUUUUAUUCAUCGCAAUAAAAAACCAGCAUUGUUUAGCAUAAUAGUGUAUAGCCGGCAUAACAUAAAUUGUAUUUCCUGUAAUUGAAUUAGUUUCAAUUUAAAUUAGUUAAAACAAGUAAAGAAAUGUUAUUUAAAAUGUAACAGAUUUGUAGCAAAAUGUUGUCAAUUUUAUCUACACUCUGGCCUACUAGCACGGCGAUCAACUAGCUAGAAUUUAUAGACAAUGUAGGGACUUAACCUACCUGAUUUUAAUUUUUUAAGGUUAUGCAUCGGUUAACAAAUAAUUUCAUAAGUACAAAAUAUUCACCAGACGAAUAUUAAUUGAUUGAGAUGUGUGUAAUUGUAAAAAAUCAAACUAAAUGUUUAAAGCAAAAAGUAUUCUGCAAAGAAAAUUUCUACGUUUUAAAUCGGUCUAAGAAUUAAGGUUAUGAAAUAUCACUUUUAUUUGAUCCGCACUUACAACACCGCCUCUGGUAAUUUAUUUUUAUUCAACAAUCUGUAAUGAAUGUGCUAAAUAAUUGUAAGUUCCGUAACUAGGUACAAAGGGGUAGUGAUUCCGAUUCCCUAGUCCUGUGCUAGGUCCUGUUCUAUUUACUUAUAUACCUAUGUAUUAUAAAUUAGGAACCACUGUCUAUUAUUACUGCAUAAUUGUUAAAAUAAAAUUGUCAAAAGAU